CCCGCCGCCGCCCGCCGCCUCUCGCUGGCUGCCUGGCUGGGCUGCGGGCGGCGGGGCGUCGGGGCGCCAUGGCGCUGCUGCUGGAGUACGAGUUCAAGGCGCUGCCGGCCGACAAGCAGAUCGACACGGAGCCCUUCCUGGAGGCCGUGGCGCACCUGCCGCCCUUCUUCGAUUGCUUGGGGACGCCCAUUGUGUAUGCGCCAGUCAAAGCUGACCUCUCUGGGAACAUUAAGAAAAUACGAGCUGUUUACGAAUCGAAUCCAACCAAGUUCAAAACGCUGCAGAACAUCUUGGAAGCGGAGAAGGAGAUGCAUGGAGCGGCUUGGCCAAAAGUUGGGGCAACCUUGGCACUCAUGUGGCUGAAAAGGGGCCUGAAGUUCAUCCAGGUUCUGCUGCAGAGCCUGUGUGAUGGCGAGAGGGACGAGGAGAACCCAAACCUCAUCCGGGUCAAUGCCACCAAGGCCUAUGAGUUGGCACUGAGGAAGUACCACGGCUGGAUGCUGCAGAAGCUGUUCUUGGGCUCUGUGUAUGCUCUCCCUUACAAAUCGGAUUUGCUGAAAGCCCUGGAAAAAGGCAAAGAGGUGAAGGAAGAGGAGACCUUAGAGAAGAUCCACCAGUUCCUCUCCAAGGCGACACCCAUCCUGGAUGCAAUCUACGAAAUGUACACAAAGAUGAAUGCUGAACUGAGCUACAAGGCUUGACCAAGCGCCUCUCUCUGCCCCACCCGCUUCCUCCAGCAGAUGGUCUCCUGGUCACUGUGAGCAGCCCCUCCGGCCAGUCUCAGCCUCUGGAGAAGCUCGACUUAGAAAUGCAUUUCUACCAAAACUGAAGCAAUACAACCUGGAGAUCAUCUCCAGGAUCUUCCUGAACUUUUUGUCCUGCUCGUUCAAGAGCUUAAAAAGUAUUUUAUAAUCUUUAUCUAACAGAUUUAUUUAUAACUAGUCUCGGGAAAUGAGGGGCGCCUGGCAAUAAAGCUUAGCUAAGUGGUACUGUAUAUAUAUAUUCCUAAUAUUUUAUAAUCUCUGUAUAUUUUGGGAUUCCUGUAUAGUUAGAUGCUUCGAUGGUGCAGCAGGUAUGGCUGUUUGUACUUGUUUUUUUGAUGUGCUGACUGAAUUAGGUGUUUCUCCACAACAGAUGCCAGCGAAGUGUGUGUGUCUGAUUUGCACAAAGAAGUAAUAAUGAAAACCAGCCUUCAGUUA